AAUGACGUUUGGCUAAACUACAACCGCCUCUCCUAUCGGAGCCCACAAACAACAACAGACUCCGCUGAAAGCCUGCAAUUUUACAGCUGUGUGAAUAAUUUUAAAAUAUUAAGUUAUAUAAAUCGCCGUUAACAGGUUUCGGAAAGUGCUUUUUUUUCUGCGGAAACGCGGCUCCGGUUGUGUGUUUAGCUGGUCGGCUAACGCCUAGCUUAGAGUUAGCUUGUGACGUCGUAAGCUAAAACAUUUUAGCGGUUUAAACAAUUUUUGACGAGCUGUUUUAUGUGUCAUCCACCGCCACGAGAUGUUGGAUGGAGCUCCUACACUCGGCGACGAAGCCGUCAUCGGCGACGUCGAGAACAAUAAGCCCAAUGCGUUCAUCAUCUUCGGCAACGAUCGGAUGAACGCAGGAAGUAAAACGAAAGAGGCGCUGCUGAAGCGGGGAGGCUGGAAGCUGCGCGCCGCGGUGCCGCUGCACCACCACCACCACCACAAACCCCCGAGGAACUGCUCGACCGCCCGCCUUUCUGACAACCACCACAACACCAGCGCCAUGACGGGCUCCUCUCCGUCGGAAACCCCGCUUCCUGUCGGCUCUCACGCUUCACCGUCCGUACAUCAUCAUGUCAAACAAGGACCCAAAAAAGAGCUACUAAAACCCAAAAGUGGCAGAUUGGAGCGAGGGAGCAUCCAAUCCGGACUGCAGGCUCCUCGCACUCUAUCCAAACACGACCAGACCGGCCACACCCACAAACCCAAGCAGAACCAAACGCUGUCCGCGUCGCCCUGCGCGAAGAAGAACGACACCCGGCAUCCAAAGAAAUCCCCGUCUUCCCAGCAUCCCCAAAACCGCGAGCAGAAGAAACCCCUCCACACCUCAAACAACGUUAAGACGCUCAACCCUCCCGCCGACGCUCCACCAGACGGAGAGAAGACGUACGCCGGAGCCAAAUUCAGCGAGCCGCCCUCGCCCAGCGUCCUCCCCAAACCCCCCAGCCACUGGUUUGGAAAAAACGAGGCACAACAGAGCAACCAAAGCCAGGAGAUGACCGUGCACUUAAAGUCGCUCCUCAAGGUUCAGGAUUAAGGAUUAGCCAUCUUCAGCUUCGUAUUUGGAUCGGAUCAGAAAACGCCGUUUGAUUUGAACGCUGUAAUAUUCUGUGGAGAGUCUAUACACUUUUCCACCGGACAACACGCUGCCUGCAUCAGUAAACACUGAGCUGCUAAUCUGGACCGUCUGCAUGACACCGUUUAUUUUAGAGAUAAAGAUAAAAAAAUCUGAAUAUUUGAAGCAGCAACAGAGUUGAAUGUUUACAAAUUAAUGAUUGUGAUUUUAGUUUUUUUUUUAAGACGUUUGUUUAAAUGUACAUAAUGUAAACUUUUGUGUCUUUAUAUUGUUAUUAUUUUAACUGAGAUUCUAGUUUUGUUACUGAUGACAUUUAAAAAGCAUAAAAAAGUGGCACUUUUUUGCAGCUCCUUCAGGGAGAGACAAUGACUUUUAUGCAUUUGCACAGAAACUAAAGUGCCAGGAGAUUAAGGAAUUCACAAGCUUGGAAAUCUCGACAGUUUGAAUCCAGUCGGACGGGCUCCAAGAAGGGACAUUUUCAAAAAGCCGGAAAAGUGGAGCCAGAAGCGGUGGAGAUUUCAUGACCUUUUUUGGAGAGGAUAACCGAACUGAGCAACAGCAGGGAUUUUUUUCUGCAACUUUUAAAACUGAUUUGGGAAAAGUUCCCUCAAAGCUGUGCAGACUUGACUCUAAAAGGUACACUGUGGAUUUCAUGUUUUUGUGAAAAGAAAAAAAAGUCAAAGCAGAUUAUUCUUCUAGCUUUGUCAAGAAUUCGAAUCACUCCAGUCAUCUGAUCUCUUAGUGAACAUUUUUGUAGAUGUUUUUGUUGGAUUUAAAACUUUAUUGGAAGCUGUUUUCCACAAUUCCACUCUUACCUUUUUAUACGACUCACUUUCAGGGUUAUAGUUUCUGAACUUUCAUUGUGGGCGUUUUAUUUUUUUGAUUUUUGAUGUCAUUUUUCUUUUGAGCGAUGCACGCAGGCAGCUGUUCCAUCUCUUCUGUUUGUCAUUCGGUCGGAUGGAAAAAUGUAACGGACGCUUCACAUUUUAUUGCAGCGUUUUACAAUCAUUUACUUUCAACACGUCAUUGGUACAAAAUUUUGAAGAAGAAAAAAAUUAUUUGAUAUUUAAAUUAAAAAUAAACAAUUGGAUACCCUUACAUCUCUGUUUGCGUCAGUUUAUAAACAUUUAUUUUAAUUCACAUAAUGUUUAAUUUGAAAAUAUUGCGUUCAGUUAAAGAAAAAACUGCAAAAAUGCGUUUUCCUGUAAUUUUAGUUACUUUUGUAAAAAGAAAAUAAGGAAUAUAAUCAUUUCAGACUUGCUGUUAACUCCUUAAAGUACCUGAAUUUUCACUCUUUUAUUGUCAUCAUAAAUAUCUGUUUUAAUGGCCAAAAGCUGAAGAUUCCACGCAUCCUCAUUUGACCUGUAUCUUUUCUCUCUUUUAGUCAAUUGGCUCCCUCUAGUGGACAAUAUGAGAAACUACUCCCAACUUUCUUCUACCUAUUCUCAUUAUCUGCUCUCGUGUUAAGCAAGAAAUACCUUUUAAAAAAGCUGAAAACAUUAUUUACUGUUAGUGUUAGGGGGCUCAGAAUACAGGGAAUUUAGUCCCAUCUUUAUUUUGUGGGGACUAAAAGUUGCAGCUGCAUUGUGAAAAUCCUAAUUUGUCAUUUGAGUUUAUAAGUAGAGAGCUAAAGCAUAUGUUUUUGCCCCAAAAAUAAUAAAAUAAAAGCUACAUUACUAGUUA